UGCGCGGUCGUAAACUCACUUAUCUUUUGGCAUGUUUAUUACACUUAGUUUAACAUUGUUUGUGUUUGCUCAACUUAUGUUCAUUCUUGAAUAGGUAUAUAGUAAAUUGUACUUCAGUUAUCAAUUACCCCCGUCGAAGAGGAGGGCCAUCGACGACACGUUGUGUUGCCCUCAGCCAAUGCAACGAGAUUUCAACCCAAGAAAUGGUUGGCCAGUUUGAUUCUAGCCGUGCCACUGAGCAAAACAGAGACAUGGCACAGGCAAAAGUGAUCCCACAAUAUAUUGCCGGCCUGUCCGCAGCGUUUGGAGCCUUCUGUAUGGGCGCCAGCAUGGGCUGGUCAGCGCCUGUAGAGAAAAUGUUGACGGAGGAGGAAGCUUACGGGUUUCCGGUGUCCAGCGACCAAUUUGGCUGGGUGUCUUCCCUGCUAACACUGGGCGCGACUGUCGUUUGCAUACCCGCAGGAUUCAUUAUUGACUGGAUUGGGCGCAGACCGACAAUGUUGGCCCUGAUACCACCUUACAUGGUGGGCUGGAUUCUGAUGAUCUUUGCAAACAAUGUGCUCAUGUUGUACUUUGGACGUUUCAUUCUGGGCGUUUGCGGUGGUGCCUUCUGUGUGACUGCCUCCAUGUACACCACGGAGGUAUCUACCGUGGCCAAACGUGGUACGAUGGGAAGUUUUUUCGAGCUCAACACAGUCUCGGGAUUGCUGUAUGGCUACAUUGUGGGCGGCUACCUUCCGCUGUUGACCAUCAAUAUACUCUGUGCCAUAUUACCUCUAAUUUUUGCCGCGGUGCACUUCUUUAUGCCGGAGUCGCCGGUUUAUUUGGUCAUGAAAGGUCGUCCUGAAGAUGCAGCCAAGUCUCUGCUCUGGCUGCGUGGCAAUGACUGCGAUGUCAGCUACGAGCUCAAGGAAAUUCUCGAGGAGAGAACCAAGAAUGCGGAUGAGCCCAAGGUCAGCAUCUUAAAGAUGUUGCGACGUCCCAUAACCCUCAAGGGAAUUGGCAUUGCGGUGAUGCUGCAGAUUCUGCAGCAGUGGACAGGUGUUAAUGCCAUCAUGUUUUAUUCCACAUCCAUUUUCGAGGACGUUGGUGCAAGCCUCAGCGGUCGCAUCUGUACUAUUUUGAUUGGAGCUACCCAACUGGUUAUGACUCUUGUGGCAACGUUGAUAGUCGACAAAGUUGGACGACGCAUUCUUCUGCUCGUGUCUGCCUUCUUCAUGGCCAUUACGAGCUGCCUCAUGGGCGUGUAUUUUCAAAUAAAGGAAACCGACCCGGAUUCGGUGGAUUCCAUCGGAUGGCUGCCAAUCACCAGUACACUCGUCUUCAUUGUGGCCAGCUCCAUUGGCUAUGGGCCUGUGCCCUGGCUAAUUAUGGCCGAGCUUUUUACUGAGGACGUCAAGAGUAUAGCUGGCUCCAUUGCGGGCACCAUAAACUGGUUCUCCGCAUUUUUGGUCACAAAACUCUUUCCGCUAUUAAAUAAUAAUAUUGGAUCGGCGACAACUUUUUGAUUUUUUUCCGGCAUCGGCGUAUUCGCUUUUGUAUGGACCUUGAUUUGGGUGCCGGAGACAAAAGGGAAAACGCUUCUCGAGAUUCAGCAUCUGCUAGCUGGCGGCCGCAAAAAUAGUCCAAUAAGCCAACAAAUAAUUCCAAGCGCCUGUGUUAACAGUGAAGUAUCUAGUUUUAGUUUCCACAACUCUAGAAAAGAUGAAGUAUUUUGUAGUCAUUCCGCAAGGGUAAAAAAGUGUUAAGUCCGGAUAAAACAAUCUUGAUAAUGCCGAAAUUCUUGACUUAAGUCAUUUGAGCAGCAGGUUUGCUUGACUUAAGUCUGAUUCCAAGCAUAAUGAGAAAAUAGAACACGUGAAUCUCUGAAAAGCAGCAGAAGCUAUUUAAACAUUGCCGGGGUAAGCCGGGUGAUAAGCUGAUAAGAGAGUGUUUAUCCUGACUGACUGACUGAACGGGAACCUACAAAGUUUCCUGUUUGGUCGAAAGUGAGCAUCAAGACUCUCAGCCACAUACACACAUAUUUGUGCUUUGCAAGCAUGACGCCACGAGGUUGUGUGGCUUAAGUGUUUGAGUGGAGGGGUAUCAAGCGGGCAGUCCCUGGUUCAAAUCCAGCGGUCAUCAAUUUUUAUUUUUUAUAAGAAAAAAAUAAAUAAAUAAAUUACAAAACGGCAGAAGAAAUAAAGCAACGAGUUGCAGCAAUUACUUUCUUGGCUAGCAAUUUUAAACAAUUUGUUGUUUAACCUGGGCAAAAUCACAGUGGAUCAUAAAAGUUUAUGAUGUUCACAAUAUUAUUUAUUAGUUAUAGAUUAUUUAUAGAUUGCCUUGGGGUUCGAGGUCAUUAAAGACGUUUUGAUGCUGGCGCGCGAAUUACACAGAGAAUUACGCAUUAUUCAUUUGACCCCGUCGACGGGUAAUUUCCUCUGUGUAUCACUGGAAGAGGGGUGAGGCGGGUGAUAAAAACUUGCGGCCUAACAAACCAAAACGCACGCAGACCAAGUCGGGAAAUGCAAGUUAUUAUUUAGUAAAGAGAAAACAGCACUGAAUACUUCCCAUUGAAGAAUAAAUAAACAGAAGGCGACCGCAGUUCUAAAGAAAUCGAGAUGACCU